GUGGGGACAGGUGGAGACAGGGAUACCUGCUGCGCCUCUCCUCCGCCCGGUAGCUUCCACAGAGUGCCGUUGGCUGCCGUUUCCUUGUCAGAAUGAGUAUGUACGGCUCUCAGAAGGCCCUGAAUAUGGGCCGCAGGGUCGGAUCCAGAGGUGACUUGACCCAAAGUUACGCACGGAGCGAGGUCUUGCACGGAGGCGGUAAUGGAUACGAUCCCUUCAUGGACGGAUACACCUACACCUUUUCCAAGUCCUCUGGAGGCGGUAUGAUGGGGGGCAUGGGAGGCGGAAUGUCAGGCGGCAUGGUGAGCGGAAUGUCAGGCGGCAUGGUGAGCGGAAUGUCAGGCGGCAUGAUGAGCGGAAUGAGUGGCUCCAACCUCAGUGCCAUCCACCAGAGGGCCAUGAUCCUGCAGGGCCAGUGCCAGGAGUACCUGAAGAAAGCCGAAUAUGCCCUUCAGUCUGGCAGUAACCCAGGUGAUGCAGAGCGCUACAUGGGGAAGGCAAAAGAGACCAUCGAGCAGCUGAAGAGCUGUGCCAUGGACCUGAGACAACUGGGACAGCCCAAUGACAACGUAGUCAGGACUUUGGAGAUGUGUAAAGACCAGCUGAAGGGGGUCCACAUGGCCAUCACAGGCACCAUACAGAGGAGGAGGAGCACCAGAGGGAGCACCGGAGCCUGGGAGGAGCCUGGAAGGAGCUUUCAAGAUGCUAUGAGCUGGAUUGCACAGCACAAGCGUCUGAUUGAAACAGCUCCCUGGGGAGACGAUCCUGCAGCCAUCGAGCAGCAGCUCGUCAGUCACCAGAAGUUCCACAACUCCAUCCAGAGGAGCACCGAGAUGGACCGAGCCAGAGACGACCUGAUUAAGAGAGGAGACAAAGGAAAUCUUCAUGCUCUGGACCAAGAAUGGGACAGUUUACAGAAAAUGUCGUUUAGUCGGACGCAGCAGUUGCAAGAACUCCAGCAGAUCAUUCAGGAAAUGUCCAAAGAGAUCAUGUGGGUGAACGACAGGGAGGAGGAGGAGCUGAUGUUUGACUGGGGAGACAAGAACAUCGAUCAGUACAUCCCACGGAAGCAGGAGAGCUACUCGAAACUGAUGAGUGUCCUGGAGGACAAAGAGAAGGCCCUGAAUAAACUGAAAGCCAAAGUGGAUACCAUCCUGAGGAACAACCAUCCAGCUGCAGACAAGAUUGAGGCUUACAGGGACACUUUGCAGACUCAGUGGAGUUGGCUCCUUCAGAUUACCAAGUGCAUUGAUGUUCAUUUGAAGGAGAAUGCAGCUUACAACCAGUUCUUCAAGGAGGCCAAUGAGACGUACAGCACCCUGCAGAAGGAACACGAGACGGUCCGUAAGAAGUUCACCAGUGACAAGAACACUUCACUGGAGAACCUGCUGGAGCUCCUCAAGGGACUGGAGAGGGAGAAAGAGAAGAUUAUGGAAAACAAGAGGCAGGUUCAACAUCUGGUCAACAGCUCCAAGAACAUUGUGAGACUGAAACCCAGAAACCCUGAAGAGAAGAGCAGCAGCCCCAUCAUCGUCAAAGCCCUGUGUGACUUCAAACAGGACCAGAAGGUGAUCUGUAAGGGCAAUGAGGCGAUCCUAAAGGACAACAGCCAGCGCAGCAAGUGGCACGUUACGGGCCCGGGAGGACUGGACAUGUCCGUGCCCUCUGUGUGCCUGAUUGUACCACCUCCCAAUCCGCUCAGCAUCAGUCUGGCCAACAAGAACGAGCAGUACUAUGAGGCCAUCCUGUCAAUCUGGAAUCAGCUGUAUAUCAAUGUUAAGAGUCUCAUCGCCUGGCAGUACUGUCUCCUGGAUAUCAGACGCAUCAACUCCCUCACCAUCACCAUGCUAGCAAAGAUGCGUCCUGAGGAAUACCGUCAAAUUAUCAAGACCCUGGAGACUCACUUCGAGGAGUUCAAAGUUAGCUGCCACGGCUCCCAGAUGUUUGCUGACGAGGACAAGAGGACCAUUGAGAACCAGUUCACUGGAGCCCAGGCCCACUAUGACCAGCUGGUGGUGCAGCUGCCUGCUUACAUUGCACAUCAAGAACAAUUAGAAGCACAGCAAGUAGCCGAGCAGCAAAACCAGCAGCAGCUGAUUAUAAUACAGCAGCAACAAGCCGCCGCCGAAGAGGAGGCCAGGAGGCUCGAAGAAGAAAGACGGAGAGUGGAGCUGAAAAAACUGACAGAGAAGAAGCAUGCAGUUAAGAAAGAAGUAGUAAAAGUGACCAAGACGGAGCCGGUGAAGAGGAAGGUACUGGUUUCCUCCUCCCGCAGCUUAUCCGAGCUGCACGCGCUCAGACUGAGGCUGGAGAGCGCUGAGGGCACGCUGAGUCAGCACGUUCACAUCUGCCUUGGAGACGACGGGCUGCACGACUGUGGCCUCAAGAUCAAUCAGUUGGAGACAGUGCAGUAUGACAUUGACUCGAUGCGGGAGGAGUACUUACGUCUGAGGGAGCGUAUUUUGAAGGAGCUGGAGGGAAUGAAUGAUGCAGAUAAAGCCGAGUUCCUCCGCAGCGAGAUCGGAGUCAUCAAUCAAAGACUGGGCAGUCUGGAGAGCAGCUCAUCAGCUUACCUGCAGCGGCUGCGGGCUCUAAGAGACAUGCUGGAGAGUGUGGCACGAGCUGAAGACAUAGUGAAGGUUCAUGAGGCAAGACUGACAGAGAAAGAGACCACCUCUCUCUUGCCCAGUGAAGUGGAAGAGUAUAUGUUGACCCUGAAGACAAUUAAAGCAGAGCUGGAUCAGAAGAGGGAUGUUCUGGCCUCCAUGGAAGCAGAGUUUGGCAAAGCAAGCCACUGGAAUGGCCAGGUGGGUGGGCCCUUCCACAGGUGUGACAUGAUGCUGUCCAAAUACAAUGACCAGGUGGGCCUGCUGUCAGACCGCUGGAGACGAAUCCAUGCACAGAUUGACACCAGAUUACAGGAUUUGCAGUUGUAUCAGCCUCAGCUGCGGCACUACAAGCAAACCAGCACAUCCCUUUUUGACUGGAUUGAUGCCACACGGAAAAAACAACAAGCCCUGCAGGCCACCAAGAUAGACAGCAUCCAAGCCUUGAAAGACCAUAUUAAUGACCAGAAGGCCCUGAACUCAGAAAUCAAAUCAAAGAGGGAGACAGUAGAAAGUGUGCUGAAGGACAAUGAGGCCUGUGUGAAUUCUAUCAAGGACUAUGAAACAGACCUUGCCUCUUACACCUCUGGUUUAGAGACUUUGCUCAACAUCCCCAUUAAGAGGACAAUGCUGAAGUCUCCAUCUAUGGAUCUUAAUCAGGAGGCUACGCAACUGCAAACCCGUUACAUGGAGUUGCUUACCCUGUCUGGUGACUACUACACAUUCCUGGGAGAGCUGCUAAAAAACAUGGAGGAGCUCAAGAUUCGUAACACCAGGAUUGACCUGUUAGAGGAAGAACUUCGGUUGCUGAGGGAGGACAUCCAAGACCGCAACGCCAAGAACAAAUCUCUGGAAGAUGCUGUUGCCUGCUACCAGCUGGAGUUGUCCCAGUCGAAGGACCAGCUGCUAUCGAUGGAGGAGGUGAAGCAAAGCACUGCGUUGCAGUGCAGUGCCACCAAGGACAGCCUAGAUAGCACUCAGAGUCAGCUGGCAGACCUCAACGAUCAGGUGACACGUCUCAACUACUUGCUUGAGGAAGAAAAGAGAAAGAGGAGGUUGGCAGAGGAGCGCUACACUCAGCAGCAGGAGGAAUAUGAGUUGGUGCUGAGGAAGAGGCAGAAGGAGCUGGAGACGGUCAGCUGGUCCAAGAUGGAGGUGGAGAAGAGUGUGGCAAAUAAGGAGCAUGAGAAUGAACAGCUGCGGCGGCAGCUGGCUGAGGAAGCAGCAAGGGUCAAGGAGCUACAAAAGGAAAUGUCAAAGACAGCAGCCAUGAUGCAAGCCAUUCAGUCCCAGUACAGUGAGAUUGUGAUGGAGAGAGAUGCACUGUUGCUGAAACUGCAAUUGUCAGAAAAGGACAAAGAUCGCAUUCAAAGGCUAGAGGAGGAACUCAGUCACAUUAAACUGUCCCUAGACUCUGAGCUUCGCAAUAAGCAACGUCUACUGGAGGACAAUGAGAGGGUGAAGAGGGAUUUAGGUUACUGGAAGGACCAGUAUGAUAGUAAGCAGGGCCUGAUCAGGCAGUAUGACACAGACAAAGAAUGUCUGGAGAGGGAAAAGAACUCUUUGAAAAGUGAGAUAGAGAGGCUGAUGAGGGAACUUAAGGAGCUUGAGGAGUCAUAUAAAAGUAGGCUAGCAGCCCUGCAAAAGGAACUACGAGAGAUGACCAUUGUCAGACAAGCCAUGGAAACUGAGCUGAAGAAACUUAGAGAGCCCCCAACAUUGGAUGGUUCCACUGUGGUUUUUGAUGGCGUCCGCAAACCAGUCACAGCAAACCAGUUGCUUGACUGUGGUGUUUUGGACAAACCAACAUUCAGUCAGCUAGUGAAGGGGCAUAAAACUAUCCCUGAAGUGUCUGCUGACAAAAAAAUCUGUCUAAAAGGGACAGGCCCAAUUGCUGGGGUGGUAAUUGAAGGUCCGAAGGGUCCAGGGUCUAUUACUGGACCGCUAUGCAAAAUGACUUUUACAGAAGCCAAGAAAGAGAAUCUCCUGCCACCAGAUAGCAUUGAUCUGCUACUCGAUGCUCAGGCUGCAACAGGCCACAUAAUUGACCCCAGGACUAAUCAGAAGUUGACAGUUGAGGAGGCGUGUAAUCAAGGUGUAGUUGAUGAAGAAGACAGACAGAGGUUGCUGGCAGCAGAAGCUGCAGCAGUAGGAUAUAGUGGUCCUGGCACAAGCAACCCCCUUUCAGCAUUUCAGGCCAUGAAGAAAGGACUGAUUGACAAGAACACAACACUGCGUCUGCUACAAGCCCAGGAGUCUGUGGGGGGUAUCCUAGAUCCCAUACUCAGUGUGUUCCUUCCCAAAGAAACAGCCAUUGCUCGUAACUUAAUUGAUGAUGAAAUAUGUCAUGCUCUAAAUCAGAGGCCUGAGCUUUACCUGGACCCAGAAACUGAGGAGGGUAUAACCUACACAUCAAUGAAGAGGAGAUGUAAGGUAGAGCCACACACAGGCCUUCUACUUCUUCCUGUCCCUGAAAAGGUAGACCCCUCCAGACUUGUCUUUGAUGGUGUCCGUAAACCAGUAACAGCACAGCAAUUGCUUGAAUGUGGUGUGCUGGACAAGCCAACAUUUAAAGAUCUAGAAAAGGGAAGGAAAACUGUCCCAGAAGUGUCUGUAGACAAAAACGUUAAUCUGAAGGGGACUGGUCCUAUUGCUGGGAUUGUAGCUGGGAGUCAAGGCAAAAUGUCUUUGUCAGAAGCAAAGAAACAAAUGUUGCUAUCCGAAGAUAGUGCAGAUUUGCUACUGGAUGCGCAGGCUGCCACAGGUCACAUCAUUGACCCCAAAACCAAUCAGAAGCUGACUGUAGAGGAGGCAUGCGCCAGAGGGGUGGUGGACAUUAGAGAUCGAGACAGAUUGUUGGCAGCAGAGGCUGCUGCUGUAGGAUACAAGGAUCCUAGUGCAGCCAAGCCUCUCUCAGUGUUUGAGGCCAUGAAGAAGGGAAUUGUUGACAGGAACACUGGGCUACGCCUGCUACAGGCUCAGGAGUCUGUGGGAGGCAUUCUAGAUCCGAAUCUCAGUGUGUUUCUCCCCAAAGAUACAGCUAUCAAGCGCAACCUUUUUGACGAAAACCUCCGUCAAGUUCUAAACCAGAUUCCCAAGUGUUACCUUGACCCAGAAACAGAGAAUGAUGCCAGUUAUGGGGCAUUGAAGAAAAGAUGCAAGACAGAGCCUCACACAGGUCUGCUGUUUUUGCCAGUCACUGAGAAGCUAGACCCUUCCAAACUGAUUUUCGAUGGUGUUCGUAAGCCAGUAACAGCUCAACAGUUGCUUGAUUGUGGGGUUCUGGACAAACCAACAUUUAACCAGCUAAUGAAGGGAGAGAAAACUGUCCCAGAGGUGUCUGUGGAUAAAAAGGUUUUUCUUAAGGGGACAGGAUCAAUUGCUGGUGUUGCAGCUGGACCUUUAGGGAAAAUGUCUUUAUCAGAGGCCAAGAGACAGAUGCUAAUGCACCCAGAUAGUGCAGAUUUGCUACUGGACGCCCAGGCUGCCACAGGCCACAUCAUUGACCCCACAAGCAAUCAAAAGCUGACCGUAGAGGAAGCUUGUGCCAGAGGAGUGGUGGAUAUUAGGGAUCGAGAUAGACUCCUAGAAGCAGAAGCUGCUGCUGUGGGCUACCGGGAUUCUUGGACAGCUAAGCCUCUUUCAGUAUUUGAAGCAAUGAAGUGUGGAUUAAUUGAUAGGAUAACUGGGCUACGCCUGCUGCAGGCCCAGGAGUCUGCAGGGGGCAUUCUGGAUCCCAACCUCAGUGUGUUCCUCCCUAAAGACACAGCUAUAAAGCGCAACCUUUUGGAUGAAGACCUCUGUCAUGCUCUAAACAAGAGGCCUGAGUAUUACCUUGACCCAGACACUGAGUUUGAUGCCAGCUAUGGAGCUUUAAAGAAAAGAUGCAAAACAGAAUCUCACACAGGCCUGAUGCUUCUGCCAAUCUCUGAGAGGAAAGACCCUUCCAAACUGAUGUUUGAUGGUGUCCGUAAGCCAGUCUCAGCACAGCAGUUGUUUGAAUGUGGAGUCCUUGACAAGCCAACAUUUAAUCAGCUAGUGAAAGGGGAGAAAACUGUUCCAGAAGUGUCUGUGGAAAAGAUGGUCUAUCUGAAGGGGACCGGACCCAUUGCUGGGGUGGUGGCUGGACAGCAAGGCAAAAUGUCUUUGUCAGAAGCAAAGAAACAGAACCUCCUUUCUGUGGACAGUGCAGAUUUGCUACUGGAAGCACAGGCUGCCACAGGCCACAUCAUUGAGCCUAAAACCAAUCAGAAGUUGACUGUGGAGGAGGCAUGCGCCAGAGGGGUGGUGGACAUUAGGGAUCGAGACAGAUUAUUGGCAGCAGAGGCUGCUGCUGUAGGAUACACGGAUCCUAGUGCAGCGAAGCCUCUCUCAGUGUUUGAGGCCAUGAAGAAGGGAAUUGUUGACAGGAAAACUGGGCUUCGUCUGCUGCAGGCUCAGGAGUCUGUGGGAGGCAUUCUGGAUCCCAAUCUCAGUGUGUUCCUACCCAAAGAUACAGCUAUCAAACGCAACCUGUUGGAUGAAAACCUCUGUCAAGAUCUAAAGCGAAGUCCCACUUCUUAUCUGGACCCAGAAAAUGAGAAUGGUGUCAGCUAUGGGGCUUUGAAGGAAAGAUGCAAGACAGAGCCCCGCACAGGCCUACAAAUUCUACCAGUCUCUGAGAGGGCUGACCCCUCCAAACUGCUGUUUGAUGGUGUUCGUAAGACAGUCACAGCACAACAGUUGCUUGAUUGCGGAGUCCUUGACAAAUCAACGUUUAACCAACUGAUAAAGGGGGAGAAAACUGUGCCAGAGGUGUCCGUGGAUAAGAAAGUCUUUCUAAAGGGGACAGGGUCAAUUGCUGGUGUUGCAGCUGGACCUUUAAGGAAAAUGUCCUUUACAGAGGCAAAGAAACAAAGGUUUAUGUCUUCUGACAGUGCUGAUAUGCUACUGUAUGCUCAGGCAGCCACAGGCCACAUCAUUGACCCCAGAACAAAUCAGAAAUUGACAGUAAAAGAAGCGUGUGCCAGAGGUGUAGUGGAUAAGGAGGAUCAAUCAAUGUUGUUUGCAGCUGAGGCUGCAGCUAUAGGUUAUAGAGAUCCAGAUACUGCCAAGCUCCUGUCAGCUGGCCAAGCCAUGAAGAAAGGAUUAAUCAACAAGAACACAGCUCUACGUGUACUUCAGGCUCAACAGUCUGUCGGGGGUAUUCUGGACCCUGCCCUGAGUGUAUUCCUACCCAAAGACAUUGCCAUGGAUAGGGAUCUCAUAGAUAAUGACCUAUACCAGGCCCUGAAUCAGUAUCCUGAGUGCUAUCUGGACCCAGACACCCAACAAGCAACUACCUAUGUAUCCCUGAAGAAGAAAUGCAAAGCAGAUCCAAGUACAGGGCUUUUGUUUCUCCCUGAACCUAAAAAGCCAUUAACUGUACAAGGGCUCAGGGAUCAGGUGUCGGUCAUAGAUCUAGUAGAUGCCAACCUGCUGAAACGUUCUGAUAUUGACCAGCUGAGGGAGGGCAAAUUGACGAGUCAGGACAUUGAAGACCGCCUGUGCUCGUACCUGAGAGGUUCUACCUGCAUAGCAGGAGUUUAUGAUGAGGCCAGUGAUAAGAUAAUGCCCAUUUAUCAGGCCAUGAAAGAUGGACUGUUGCGACCUGGGACCGCUCUGGAACUGCUUGAAGCCCAGGCUGCCUCCGGCUUUAUCGUUGAUCCUGUCAACAACCUUUACAUGACUGUUAGGGAUGCCUACAGUAAAAGACUGUUUGGGCCAGAGUUUAAGGAUAACCUGCUAUCAGCAGAGAGAGCUGUAACUGGUUACAAACUGCCUGGAACAGACAAGACUAUCUCUCUUUUUCAGGCAAUAGAGAGAGGUCUAGUGGAGAAAGGUCAUGGUAUCCGUCUGCUACAAGCCCAGAUUGCAAGCGGUGGUAUAAUUGAUCCAGAACACAGCCAUCGUAUUGAUGUGAACGUAGCCUACAAGAGAGGUUACUUUGAUGAAAAGAUGAACAAGAUCCUAACUGAUCAGAGUGUUGACUCUACGGGUUUCUUUGACCCUAACACAGAGGAAAACCUAACUUAUCUGGAGCUUAAGAAACGCUGUACCACAGAUAAGAAGACUGGCAUUAUCCUUUUGCCUAUCAUGGACAAGCAAAAACAAGAAUCAACUCUGAAGAACACUCUGAGAAAGAGGAGAGUGGUAAUUGUGGACCCAGAGACUAAUAAAGAGAUGACGGUGCGUGAAGCAUAUGAUAAAGGGUAUAUUGACUACAACACCUUUCUGGAGCUGUCUCAGCAGGAGUGUGAGUGGGAAGAGAUCACUAUCACUGAUCCAGAUGGUUCCACACGAUUUGUUAUCAUUGACAGGAAGACUGGUAGACAAUAUGAUAUUACUGAGCUGCUUGAAAAGCAAGUAAUUAGUCAAACAGACCUUGAUCAGUACAGAUCACGUACCAUCACCCUUACUCAAUUUGCAGACAUCAUUACCAACAAGACCAAACAUGGGUCGUUAUCAUCAUCAUCAUCAACUUCAAGACCAUCAGCAGCCACACAUACAUCCUCAGUGGCAUCAUCAUCAACAACAUCGGCAUCUUCAGGUAUGUCUUCAAUGACAUCACCAUCAUCAACUUUAAGAACAUCAGAAGCCUCAGUUCCAUCAUCAGUGAUAUCAUCAUCAUCAUCAUCAUCAUCAGUCCUGUCAAGACCCCUAUCACCCACUCUCGCCAAGAUGACCACAACAAAAACAACUGUUGUCACAGAGCGAAACACUACGGUCAGCAGUGCAUCUCAAGACUCACCUGAUUGCCUUAGAAAUAUAUCCAGUGUAUCUAUCACAUUGGCCUCCCCUGUUGAAGCAGUGGGAGAACAGGCACCUGUGGGUGCCAUCUUUGACACAGAGACUUUAGAGAAGAUAUCCAUCACAGAGGCUCUAAAUCGUGGUCUGGUGGAUUCCAUCACUGCCCAGAGACUAUUGGAGGCCCAGGCCUGCACCGGAGGAAUCAUCAAUCCCACAAAUGGCCAUAGGUUUGGCAUCCAAGAAGCCUCUCGCCUGGGUAUAAUAAAUGAUGAAAUGGUGCCUAAGCUUAAGCCUGCCCAGAAAGCCUACAUUGGCUUUGAAGAUGUAAAAAACAGGAAGAAGAUGUCAGUUGCUGAGGCCAUGAAGGAGAUGUGGCUACCAUAUGAGGCAGGGCAGAGGUUCAUGGAGUUCCAGUUUGUAACAGGGGGGCUUUAUGACCCAGAAAUGGGCUGUAGAAGAACCAUAGAACAUGCUUUGAAAAUCGGCUGGCUGGAUGCGAGAACAGCUGAGAAGCUCCAAGACAUCAGCCAUCACACAAAGAACUUGACCUGCCCUAAGAGCAAACUUAAAAUCUCUUACAAAGAGGCUCUGGAUAAUUGCCUGGUGGAGGAAAAUACUGGAGUGAAAAUGCUCCAGGCCUCAUCUGUGUCUUCCAGAGGAAUCAGCAGUCCUUACAAUGUCUCCUCUGCCCCAGGAUCUACCACUGGAUCAAGGAGUGGCUCACAACGAAGCUCACGCAGGAGCAGCGUGGAUUUCGGCUCCCCCAGCUCCACAUCAACUAGUCGCUACAGUCAAUCUAACUUCAUCACCUUCUCCUCCACAUCCACCAAAUAAAUCAAGAAGAGGUCCUACACAUUAAUGUUCUUUUCUUGCAAAUAUAUCAGAAUUGGUUAAGAGCAUUUUGAUAAUUCAAUAAAGAACUUUAGAAAAUGCAUGUGUAGUAUAUGAAGAAAAAAAUUAAAAAUUACUUUUGCAUAGUUUUAGACUUUAGCUUUGGUGUGGUAUUGCAAUGCUUUUAAAAAUGCUAUAGUUCAAAUGAUCAUGAAGAUUAACACUACCAAGAUAUUUUUUGUGGAAAAGGACUACCGUAUUAAUGGAAGCCACCUUAAGGUAUUUGGAUUGGAAAUAAAGUAUAUGUGAAUGUAAUUGUUGGUUCCUAUAAAAGGCUUAGAAAUAAGUGACAUAUUCUUGCAUAAACAUUUUUCAAAUAUAUUUCUCAAAAUAAUGGAAUGUCAUUUCUUUUUAAACUUUGCAUUGGUAAUGACGCAAUGAUUUUAUGUUUACAUUUGAUAUCUAUCUUUUGGAGGGGAGGGAUGCAAGGUUGGGAUACAUAUAUUUACAUUAACUACUUUUUUUUUUUACUUAAUCAGUUGUUAACCAUUGUUUUUUUGUUUGUUUUUUACUGAAUCAGUUGUUAACCAUUGGUUUAUUGCUGUUUAGUGCUCCUGUAUUGUAACACUUUCUCAAUAUCUCAAAAUAAAAGCUAACUUUUGAA